GUCACACUGCUCGUGGCGUCUGUCUUUCGCCACCGGAUUUUUGUUUUUCGUUUUUUACCUACAAACACUACCGGUUUGCCUGAUUUCUAGAGUCACUGAGAAGAUACUACUCUCGGCACUAGCCCCCAAUAUGGGCUCAUCAAAGAAGCACAAGAAGAACAAGUCGGAACGGCGAGAAAAAUAUGAAGAAUACAGUCAGCACCAGGAUCCGGCUCAGUUGCAGCGAGGACUGAAGCUGAUCCUUAAGGUGGGAUCGAAUGCCACGCCAGAGUACAGUGCCAAUUCGCCGAUGGUGGACGGAGGACCGCCCACAGCCGCCGAGGCCAUGAUGUCGCCCGUUCCCGAUGAGCUGCAGGAGCAUCAAGGUCAUCGCGAACGGCACAAGAAGUCCAAGAAAAAGAAGAAGAAGAAGGAUCGGGAGAAGAAGCACAAGCACCACAAGGAGAAGCGCCACAGGAGUAGGGAUCGUCAUCGGGACGUGGGAUCGGCGGACGAGGAUAUGAUGCCAGGAGCCGACGACGCCGCCUGCAGUGGCUUCGCCCCGCCCUCGGUUGCCCCACCGCCCGUCGAUCCGGAUUCCAGUCAGGAUGGCUUUAGCUUCAUGGACGAUGACCAGUCACAACCGCUACCCGAAAAUAUCCUUUUCUUUGCUGGCAUCACCACAGAUAACUCGCCGUCCAAUUGCCCGGUGACCAAGCCCAUUGCCCCACGAAAGCUGGACGAAAUCCUUAUGGGUUCGUCGCCCAACUCCUCGUCUCUGCAAUCAUCUUCGUUGGGAUUGGUGGGCAGUAGUCCCACGAAGCCGCUUCCCGACCUUCUGAUACCCUCUCCCUCGACGCCGGGCGGUGCCAAUUCACUAAAUGCCCUUACACCCAAAGCUUUGGAGGCGCCCAAGACCCCCAGCAGUUCCAGUGAAUCGGGACGAGAGCCGCGAAGCUGUGUGCUUAAGCUGAAGCAGCAGAAAUCGCCGUUGAACAAGCUUCUGGAGCACCUGCUGCGCUUCCUGGAGAAGCGGGAUCCCCACCAGUUCUUUGCUUGGCCAGUAACCGAUGACAUGGCGCCCGGUUAUUCGUCGAUUAUAAACAGACCCAUGGACUUCUCCACCAUGCGGCAGAAGAUCGAUGAUCACGAGUACGCAGCUUUAACAGAGUUCACUGACGACUUCAAACUGAUGUGUGAGAAUGCCAUCAAGUAUAACCAUGUGGAUACGGUGUACAACAAGGCAGCUAAGCGGCUGCUUCAAGUGGGAAUGAAGCAUCUGCAGCCGGAUAACUUGAUGAGGAGCCUGAAGCCACUUUCGGGUUACAUGAGAGAGCUAACUGCAAGGGAACUAGGGUUUGAGUUGAGCUCCAACGAUAUGUCGCGCGAAACCCACGAUUCGGCAGACGAAGGAGCCUCAACAGGAGCGGAGGAACCGCCCACUCCUGCCCAACUGGAGGAGGAGGAGCGCAAGCGGGCACUCCGAUUGGAGAAUGCCCCCAAAACACACUUCGAGCCUUAUGUCGAUGACCUAACGGGCGAGGAGAUCCUAGCCCAAGUCCAGAACGCCGCCCAGCAGGCCAAGCAGAGGGUGAAUGCAAAGAAAAAUGCCCACAAGAUGGGUUUCCUGCGUCAAACUAAGGAUGGUAGUACCACGCUGAAUCUUCUGACCAAAGACGAGAACGAGGGUCCCGAAAGGGUAGUUACCAUUGGCGACCUAGUGGGCAAACUGCAAACAGGGAGCACGCAGCUGCAGGUGCGACAGGUGGACAAACGGAAUGCCAUGAAGCCAGUUAAAGCCCUGAGCUACGGAGCCUUUGCCAGCUUUGCACCAACUUUUGAUUCCCGCUUCUCCACUCUGAGUGCCGAGGAAACUCAAUUGGUUCUGCGUACGUAUGGAGACGCCUCCAGUGCGGAAUAUGCAGAGAGCAUUCUACAGUUCACAAAGGACUCCAGCUAUGGAACCAACAUUGCGAAUGGCUUGCUAGAUAUCCUCACCAACGGGGAGCACAGCAAAUCACAGGAAGAACUUUACAAUAUGCAGCUACAUUCGUACGAGCAACGCGAGAUUGAAAAGUGCUUUGAGCAGGAGGAGGAAACUCCAUCCCAGCAGGAAACCACCGAACAAAUCGAGCAGGAGUACGAGAAAUACAAAAACACGCCCGUGGACUUCAAGCGCUUACAAUCUCUCGGGGAUCUGGGCAUCGAUGUGAGCUUCUUGGACAGCAUGGAGGCGGAAAUGAAGAAUUUCGAGCUCAACCGACGAAUGCACGAGCACCUUAGUCAAAACCUGACGCUGAUUGAGAAGCUGCGAGUGACCCAGCACGAUCGUUUGUCACAGCCCUUGCCGAAUCACCUGGGUUUAGUUCAACCGGCUGGCCAGGAGGAGGCUCAAACCGCCCAACAGUUGACGCAGCAGAUCAGCGAUCUGGCCAAGAAACUGCCGCCUUCCGCCAUUGCCGAUCCUUAUGCCUUGCGGAAGGCCAUGGGCAUGUCCUAUGCUGGCCUUCCACCUCCUCGCCCCAUUUCUCCACGCGUCCAGCUGCCCGAGCUGCUGCAACAGCCGGUGGCACUGCCCCAGUUACAACCGGUGGCCAUGGAGAUCGACGAAUCGGACGAGCAGCACGGCGGCGGCGAUCUGGAGAACGAACUGCGCGAGUUCCUCGAAAGCGGAUCCGGUCUACACUCCGCCAAUCCGGCGGAUGACAACAGCAUUGUGGCGCAGCUGCUGCUCAACUAGGAGAUCCGGAAAUCUCUGGGACGCGCGCUAUGUUUUUAAUGUAACGAUUUAAAGUUUAAACACAACACAAUGCAGAAGAACCGACGAGUGCUAGACUUCUUCAACGUUUUCCGUGGGCUUGGCGUCUUCGACAACUGCCUGCAGCUCCUCUUCAGCGGGGACAGUCGGUUUCGUGAUCUACAGAAAAUUACAAUACGACGGACGAUACUGUUAAAAAAGCCUUUGCUUUGUCAUAGUUGCACAACUCCAUAUAUCAGUUGUCUUCAGGCACAUAAUACUUAUCGAAUCAUGCGGUUAGCUCAAUCAAUCUACAUGCUGGUUAAAGCUACCUUCGAAGAUCGUUUCUUACAUGCGGGCUUAUCCUAGAGAUAAGUACGUUAUAGAUCUUAUAUAGUCUAUGAUUAGGUUUGGGAUUACAUAAUAUCUUCGUAUGGACUUUACCACAUUAGAAACCGCGUGAGGGCGAGUAUCGGUUUAGUGUUUUGAUUUGAGUAUGGACCACUUAGAACCUAGAAUUUAGGCGAGGGCUAAAUGUUUUGGAACCCAUUUAUAUAUAUAUAAUAUACUAUAUAUCACAA